UUAAAAAGUACCGAGACAUUGGCGCGUACAAUUCUACUCGCUGUCUUUCUCUUUCUCACUCUUCUCUUUGUCAACUGACGUCAGAAAUGGAACCGGAAGAAGCCGCCGACGGAAGCGGCGACGAGGGGAUGCCGGGGUUAGCCGAAGGUGGCAGCAGCGAAGGCGGCUGCAGAGACAGAGUGAAAGGUCCUUGGUCUCCGGAAGAAGACGCCAUUCUGAGCCAACUGGUGAGCAAGUUCGGCGCCAGAAACUGGAGCCUCAUCGCUCGCGGGAUCGCCGGAAGAUCCGGCAAGUCUUGCCGCCUCCGGUGGUGCAAUCAGCUCGACCCUUCCGUCAAGCGCAAGCCCUUCACCGAUGAGGAGGAUCGGAUUAUAGUUGCUGCUCAUGCAAUCCAUGGGAACAAAUGGGCAGCCAUCGCCAAGAUUCUUCCUGGAAGAACAGACAAUGCCAUUAAGAACCACUGGAAUUCUACUUUGAGGCGUCGGGGAGUUGAACAUGAUAAGAUUAAGUUAGAAUCUGGAAACAUGGUGGAAGACCUUAGCUUGGACAAAGCCAAAGCAUCAUCAGAAGAAACUCUAUCAUGUGGAGAUGUAAAUUCCUUAAAAUCCUCAGAGGGAAGAGAUGUCAGUUCUAUGGAGAUCAUCGAUGAUAAAUGUGAAGACAAAGCUCAGACUGAGGUUCAAUUAUACCAUGAAGUCAAGGAUCCACCAACCCUUGUUCGGCCGGUAGCACGUGUAAGUGCUUUUAGUGUAUAUCACUCUUCCAAUGGUUUACAGCCUUCAACAUCAGUUCAAAGACCUGUUCCUAUGCAAGGUCCCAUGUUACAAUCAUCAAAACCAGACUUUGAACUGUGUAAAAUGCUUGAAGGAAUUUAUGGUGACCAGUCAGUGCCUUGCCAGUGUGGCCAUGGAUGUUGUGCUGCUCCCAAUGGUAAAAACUCGAAAAGCUCUUUGCUGGGACCAGAAUUCAUUGAAUUUUCAGAACCCCCAUCUUUCCCAAGUUUUGAGUUGGCUGCAAUAGCUGCAGACAUCAGUAACCUUGCUUGGCUUAAAAGUGGAUUGGAGAGUAGCAACGCAAAAAUGGUGGGUGACACAACUGGCAGGGUACUAUCUAAUGGAUCUCAGGUACAUAGUGGCCAUUAGAGUGCUGAAUAAAUUAUCAGUAGUCCAUGAAGGCUAUACUGAUAUCAACCUGUUUGCCCUGCAAAUGUGCUUGUUGUAGGCUAUGUGAAUCAUUGUAAUAAUGUAAAUGGAUUUGCUAGGUAGAAGUAGGAUAUGCUCAUGAGUUAAAAGAACACUUAUUUUUGUUUUCUUGGUGUUGACUAAUUAGGACUUGACUUGAGAACCUGCAAUUCCUUACACAUGACUAUUGUAGGGGGAAAAUUACUUAAAUUAAUUUAAGUUGAAGGAA